CAAUAAAAGAAAUAUCCGAAUCGGGGAAUAUUUAGGGUUAGGGCUAAAUAUUUCACUCUCACCAAAAAUUCCCAAUUUCAUGUCUGAAUAACCUCAAUUAUGAAUAAAAUUAUGAAAAGUUUCCGUUUUGAUGCUACCCACUUUUGAUUUGAUUCAAAGAAGGUGAUGUUAUUUUUGCAUCAAAUUAUAGUCUGAGAAGUGGAAUUUGAUGCUCCAAUUAAAAAUUAAGAUGCUCAGCUCACUGGGUUUCUGGGGUUUUGCAGCUGUUGCUUGAAUUUGUUGGCCCAAUACGUAAAUGCGAGGGCUUUAUUUUGGGGGUAUAGUUCUUUUGGGUUUACAUUUGUAAGAAGUGAAUGUACCAACUUGGCAUGGAUUAUACGCACGAAAGUGGAAUAGGGCUGAUUCCGACUCGUUUUGUGUGGCCUUAUGGCGGGAGAGUUGUGUAUAUAAGUGGCUCAUUUACAGGGUGGACACAAUGGCCAAUGACGCCUGUUGAAGGUUGCCCAACUGUGUUUCAAACUAUUUGUAGCCUGCCUCCCGGUUAUCACCAGUACAAAUUUGUCGUUGAUGGUGAAUGGAGACAUGACGAUCGUCAGCCUUCUAUUAGUAGUAAUCUUGGGACUGUGAACACUAUUCUCUUGACGAGGGAAUCUGCAAUCCUAACCCCACAGAUUCCUUCAGCAGGUCCUAGCUCGAGCAUGGAUGUAGAUAAUGGGACCCUUCAGCGUGUGGUUCGACCGCCAGAUAGCACAUCGCGUGAGUCUUUCCCAAUGAUAUCGGAAUCAGAUUUAGAGAUUUCCCGUCAUCGUAUUGCUGUAUUUAUGUCGACGCACAUGGCCUAUGAAUUGCUUCCUGAGUCUGGAAAGGUUGUUGCCUUUGACGUCGACUUGCCCGUAAAGCAAGCAUUUCAUAUUCUGCAUGAGCAGGGUGUAUAUACGGCGCCCUUGUGGGACUUCUCAAAGAGCCGGUUUACCGGAGUUCUCAGUGCACUGGAUUUUAUUUUGAUUAUGAGAGAGCUUGGCACUCAUGGUUCCAAUUUGACUGAGGAAGAGCUUGAAACACAUACCAUAUCAGCAUGGAAAGAAGCUAAAUCAUAUCUGAAUAGUCAAGUGAAUGGCCUCGGCAGUGGUGUUUCAAGACAGUUUGUGCAAGCCGGUCCAGACGACAGUUUGAAAGACGUUGCACUGAAAAUUUUGCAGAAUGGUGUCGCUACAGUUCCCAUUCUUCAUUCUUUAUCAGUGGAUGCCUCAAACCCGCAUCUAUUGCAUCUUGCUUCUCUUUCUGGGAUACUAAAGUGCAUUUUCCGAUUCUUUAAGCACUCACCAACAUCAUUACCGAUUCUUCAAUUUCCGAUUGGUGCAAUCCCUGUCGGCACUUGGGUUCCGAAAAUCGGAGAACCAGAUCGGCGGCCAUUGGCAAUGUUGAGGCCCAGUGCUUCACUUAGUGCAGCCCUGAAUUUAUUACUUCAAGCUCAAGUUAGUUCGGUCCCUAUUGUUGAUGAUAACGACUCUUUAUUAGAUGUAUAUGCUAGAAGUGACAUAACUACUUUGGCAAAAGACAAAAUUUAUACACACAUUAAUCUCGAAGAAACAACUAUUCAUCAGGCGUUGCAGUAUAGAGACGAUCCAUUUUCAGCACCCGGAAACAACCCUCAAAGAUGUCAUAUGUGCUUGCGGACCGAUCCACUUCUUAAAGUCUUGGAAAGAUUGUCUCAGCCAGGAGUUAGGCGGCUUAUUAUUGUCGAAGCUGGAAGCAAGCGUGUACAAGGUAUCAUUUCACUAAGUGAUGUAUUUCGAUUUCUAUUGGGUAUAUGAGUGGCGGCGAUGAAAGAUAUGUGCAACAUUGCAACAUUAAUCUUCGUGUGUGCCCACCCCCCCUCCCUCGUGCAAUGGAGAUACUCGAGGCUCAUAAGGUGAUCUUGGGAUUCGACGUGUCUGCUGAUCCCCCUCGAGUGGUGGAAAAGACUCAGAGGGUGGCUAACCUACGCCGCCUUCUGCAGUUGAAGGUGGGAUUUAAUAACAGAAAGGAUCAUUGGAUGAGGAUUCAUUCUUGUAUUUUUGACGUUUAAUUCUGCGCGUUGCUUUGGUCUCUAAUUAGUCUUGUUCUUGAUCGAUCGCCCUGUUCUUGUGGUGACGCGUUUUUUGGUUUAAUCGAGUCGAAACGAGCUGAGUUCAAAAACGAGACAACAGUUGAAACUGAGUUCAGUGUAACUCAUCUAGUGUUGAUUUUUCUGCUGUUAAGAAAUUUCAAAUGAUGCUGCAUUUCCUUGUAGUGAAUCGGCAGCAACAAGUAAUGGCAUUUUUUGGGGGCUGAUGUGAUGUAAUGUGUGUUUUCUGUCUAUUAAUUUGUAACUAAUGCCAUGAAUUAGGUGUAUUUUAAUGACUUUUUUGUUCACUUUGUCAAUUGAAUUUUAUUAAAUUAAA